GUGCAAGAAAAUAACAACGACUGAAAGAAAUUUCCAUUCAGUGUUCCACGGUGCUUUGAAUUCGUGCUUUGAACAAGGUCAGUUUCUGUUUGGUGGUCCAUGUGUGAAGCAGGAUAGGAGAAUAUUAUCGUUUGGCUGGGGCUGCAUUUAGCAUCGACUGUAUCCACUCAGUUGAGUUGAGUCAAGCAUGCCUUCUUACAAGCUCUUGUACUUUGAUACCCGUGGCCGCGCCGAAGCCACACGGAUGCUGUUCGCUGUGGCGAAUCAGGAGUUUGAAGAUGUCCGCAUCACUAAGGAGGAUUGGCCCAAAGUAAAACCAACCACUCCUCAGGGCCACAUUCCGGUGCUGGUCGUCGACGGUAAACAACUUCCUCAGAGUGCUGCCAUUGAAUCAUUCGUUGCAAAGGAGCUCGGGUUAUACGGCUCUAAUAACUGGGAGGCAGCACAGAUAGAUGUUGUCAAGGAAACACUAAAAGACUUGAUCGACCCUAUGAUCAUGCCCGUAAUGUUUGAGCUAGACAAAGCCAAACAGGCAGAAAACGCCAAAGAGUACUAUGAGAAUGUUGCACCUCCUCAUCUGAAGAAUCUCCAGGAUCUUCUUGAAAAGAACAAAGAUGGAAUAGGAUACUUUGUUGGUGAUAAGGUAUCCCUAGCUGACGUCAUCUUCUUUGUCACCAUGGAGUGGUUUGAGAAGCCACCGUACUCCACCAAGGGCUUGAAAAGCUUCCCCAAACUGGUGGCGCUCAAGGAUCGCCUGGCCACCAACGACCUCGCUAAGCAUCUUAGAGAGCGCCCUCAAGUCUAUUGGAUUCAUGAUUGAAAUUGAGGGCACAGUUGUAAUAUAUAAAGGUUUUACUGGUCUCAUCUAAAAAAAAAUGGUAUGCUACAUGAGUACGAGUGCCGAUACGAUUUUCUAUUUGAUGUUCAGGUACUGUUUUUGUAAUUUGCCAAAAAUAUUACAGUAGGCUUAUAGAAAAAAAAUGACAAAAUUGAUAGUUAUGCUAAUAAGUAGUCCUUACUGUUGAAUAUCAAAAUUUAACCAUUAACGUGAAUAUGUUUUGUCUCAACUUGCUUAACCUGCAUGCUAUGUACGUUUUGUGUUAACUUUAAACUUGUUUGCACCAACAUCAUUGGACAGAAUACGUAAUUUGCAUAAACAUGUAAUUACCAAUUUGAUUAUAGCAUAAUUGGUAUGACUAACCCUUUCUUAAACGCAUAAUGUAUUUCGACUUUCGUUAAAAACAUUUGCAUCUUUUUCAGACCAUGUUUCUUACUGUGCUCUGAACCCAGUUUCUGUUGAUACCCGCAACAUUCCGUUGUUUAUCGAACCGUGAUGUUUUACUGCCUUGAUUACAGAAUCCAUUACCGCUCACAUUAUAGGGCAUCAUGUCGGGAAGAAUAGUCAAUUUUAGAAUCAAUUAUCGUGUGUGUUUAGACCGCCUCGUAAUGGAUGUGUUCUAUAUUUUCUGAAGUAAUCACUUUUAGGUUUUUUUUUAAAUAUUUGUAGUCAUUGCAUGCACUUUAAAAUAAAUAAAAAAGAAACAAGAUAAGAUUGCUGUAGUUUUGAUGUGCAAAGCAAUGUAAGAGUAAAUUUUCGUUUCAGCGAUA